AUGGACGCCUCGGCCCCCGUGGCGCCCGACCGGCUCUUCGACGCGCACCGCUCCUUCUCCGCCCGCAGGCUCCCCGGCGAGGGGCCGCGCGUGCUGCUCUCGCUGCUGCUCUACGCGCCGGUGGGGCUGGCGCUGCUGCUGCUGCGCCUCUUCCUGGGGCUGCACGUCUUCCUGGUCAGCUGCGCGCUCCCGGACAGCGCCCCGCGCCGCUUCAUCGUGCGCGUGAUGUGCUCGGUGCUGGGCGUGCUCGUGCGCCAGGGCGACCCCCGCCAGCGCAGCCUCCGCGCGCGCGUCUUCAUCGCCAACCACGUCACCCACUUCGACCACAACGUCCUCAACCUGCUCACCUCCUGCAACGCGCCUGUGCUGAACGGCACCUCCGGCUUCAUCUGCUGGUCCCGGGGCUUCCUGGAGGUGGGGGGUGCAGAGAGCCGAGCCGAGCUGCUGGAGUCCCUGAAGGCCUACUCCUCCCAGGGCAGCAACCCGCCCCUGCUGCUCUUCCCCGAGGAGACGACCACCAACGGCCGCGUGGGUCUCCUGCGCUUCAGCUCAUGGCCGUUCUCCAUCUUGGACAGCGUCCAGCCAGUGGCUCUGCAAGUCCAGAGGCCUUUUGUCGCUGUGAGUGUGGCUGGCGCCUCCUGGGUGACGGAGCUGCUCUGGACGUUCUUUGUGCCCUUCACUGUUUAUCAAGUAAGGUGGCUUCCGCCCAUCGCCAGGCUAGUUGAAGAAACCCGCGAGGAGUUUGCGCUGCGGGUUCAGGAGCUCCUGGCCCUGGAGCUGGGUGUGGUGUCGACUCGACUUACUGCUGCUGACAAAGCCGAGCACCUGAAGCGAUUGCGCCACAGCCCCUCAGCCCCCUACAGCCCCCCAGCUCCAAGCCAGCCUUCGGGGAGCCAGGACCGAGCUUUCCCCAGUGUUGCCUCCGCAGAGGAUGUGCGCUGGAGUGGCAUGGCCCAGCGUGUCAAAGAAGUCCUGCCCCACGUGCCCCUGGCAGUCAUCCGCAAGGAUCUAGCUCGGACGAACUGUGUGGAUGCGACCAUUGCCAAUCUGCUGGAGGGGCGGGUUCCCUUCAUCCCCAGCGAGGCGGAGGCAGAGGAUUCCUCGGCUGCCCCGUCCGUCUCUGGCGCUCACUACCUUGCCUCUGCUCCCCUGACCCCGGCCCCCAUGAAGCUCUUUGCCCGGUCCCCAGAGGUAAGGCACGUCUCCCUCCAGGAGCGGAAGCGGCUGCUGUACGACUACGCCAGGAGGAGAUUCAUGGAGAAGCAUGGGAUGACGCCGAAGGAGGGGAGCCACUGACCAGCUGGUGUUUUUCUUGAGGACUGCUGGCUUGAUCAACUCUGGAUCUUUGUGGAGGGUUGCUGCGGACACUGCCGCCCCGCUGGACCCGUGUGGGGUUGGCAGUGUGUCCGUGGCUGCCCCUGAGUGGUGUGCGCCCAUCCCGCCUGACGUUUCCGCAGGGCAAGAGGGAGGCUCCCAGCCCCCACCCUGCCCGCUGCAAGGCCCGGACUCCACACAGCCGGGGCCACCAACGGCCUGCCUCAGAGUGCGGGUGGGAGGGGGCAAGCUUUCACUAUCAAAAUAAACGUUACUCUAAUUCUCA